AUGGUGCAAGGUUUGAUCAUUGUGGCGGUCUGGCUCUCGGCUGCCUUCGGAGUCACGGCAAGAGAGGAGGCACCAGUGACGGCAGUGACAUGUGGAGCCCUCCGAGGCACCGUCGAUGCCGCGUCGGCGUCUGCGGCUUUUCUUGGUAUUCCGUAUGCCUUGCCCCCCAUCGGAGUUCGGAGGUGGCAGCCUCCAGUUGGCAUCGGCACCUCUCCCGGAAGACGUUCCGACUGCUGGAAGGGCCAGUUGGAUGCCAGCAAGCCUGGGCCUGCGUGCCUGCAAGGAAGUCACUUCAGCCACGGAGUGCAGAGCUCUGAAGAUUGCUUGCGCCUUCAUGUCCACACCAAGAAUUUGGAGGCGCUUGCAAACAUAUCAGACCCCAUCAGUUCAACGGGCGCUAAGCUGAAGCCGGUACUUGUUUGGCUCCAUGGCGGCGGACUCCUGGAGGGCUCUCCCUUUUCGCUACAGUCUGGCUAUGGAGCUCAAGCCAACCUCACCUCGGAGAACGACGUGGUUCUCGUCUCCGUGCAGUACCGUUUGGGAGUAGCCGGGUUCCUGUCUUUGGCAUCCCUCUCCCACCACGACGUGCGAGGCACCUCUGGGAAUUAUGGCCUACUGGACUGCUUGGAGGCGCUUCGUUGGAUCCAAGGCAACAUCAGAGCCUUUGGAGGUGAUCCGGAGCAGGUCACAGUUUGGGGGCAGAGCUCUGGAGGAUCCCUGGUGCUGGCGCUACUUGCGUCUCCGGCCGCGAGAGGUCUUUUCCACAGGGGUAUAAGCAUGAGUGGAUCGCCAAAGCUAAAUAGUACGACAGUGGAAGCAGCCAAUUAUUGGCACAGAGAGGUUGUGGAGCGAAGUCGCUGCGCUGAGAUCGGCUUUCGAAAACGAAGGGAGAAAGAGUUGUUGGACUGUUUGCUGCACCUGUCUGCUGGGGAGCUUUUGCAAGCCCAGCCCGACAAUUGGCAUGCGGACGUUUGGUCGCUUGAGAUUUUCAGUCCUACCUGGCAGUAUGCGCCUUUGUUGCUUGUUGAUGGUGAUGGCGGCAUCUUGCCACGGGGCUAUCUCCAAGCCUUUCAAGACUCCAAGCACGGAGCUGUACCUGCAAUUCUCGGUGUCACUCGCGAGGAAAGCGAUUUUGCACCCGGCCAAGAUGUUCGGCGCUUCACUCGAAGCCAGCUGAUGCAACUCCUGGCAAGAUACGCUGGCAGGUCUCAGGAGCCUGCGUUUGUGGAGGAGCUCGGAAGACUUUACGGUCUCACUGGCAACCUCUCUAGCGACUGGGAACCACAGCGGACAUAUGCUGAAAUCCUCAGUGAUAUGACUACCAUUUGUCCCAAUCUCUAUCUUGCAGGGGUCAUGGAUGCACAUCGCCCCAGGCGUGCAUCUCCCGUGUUCUCAUAUGUUGCAUCCAGACAUCUCAGCAGACCCUUCUGUGUCAUUGCAAACUUUACAAAGAUGAAGCCGCUGUACUGCCCUCGCUUUGCUUUCCAUGCAAUGGAUGAGUUUGCCAUGUUGCAGCCUCAUUUCUUGUACAACUUCACAGCAGAAGACAGAGCAUGGGGGCAACGGCUAAGAGCCAGGAUUCUCGAGUUCGUUGCGACCGGAAAAGUCCAGGCCUGGCAGCGAUUCUCAACUUCCACGAACAGAAGCCAAGAUGAGGGGCAUGUCAACAAGUCCCGCGAACUGCUGUCUGAGUACAACGUGAUCGACUUCGGGGUAGAGGAUGAGAACACACAGUGUUACAAUGGCGCGCGAUGCAAUUUCUGGCUGCAGUCUGGAUUUUAUGACAGCCGCGGUCUCGUUAAUUUGGCAGCGACCAGCUUUUCUAUUACUGUUUAA